AUGGCCAAAAAGAAGAAGAAAGGCCACGUUUCUCCAAGUCAACAGGGAAAUGAUUCUCCGAGACGUUCCUCAGGGGCAUCUCCGUCACUCGGAUCCCGCCACCAAGCACCAGAUCUGUCAUCUCCGUCACCAGAUCCGCCGUCUCGGAUGCCAGAUCCGCCGUCUCCGACGCCAGAUCCGCCGUCUCCGACACCAGAUCUGCCGGCUCCAACCCCAGCAGCGCCCUUGAAUCUGAUUUUCGCUGCCGGAACCUCCCCCGAUUUGCGGCUGCCUCCAACAACAGCAACGGCUAUAGUCCCCAGUAUUUCUUCUCUUUCUACUGCAUCUCAGGCCCAUCACCAGAAACCUGUUGGGUCAGCAACCACGCUUGGGAAAGCUCAGUCUCCUUCCAUUGUUGAGUUCCCCCCUCUGCCUUCGGCCCCCUCUCGACUCACAAGGUCUGUUGCACAACAACCGCCUACGGGAACCCCUUUACCUAUCAACUCUUCGCUGGCUCAGUCCACACUACCAGACCCAGGUAAAUCCUUCCCUUGGGCACAACGGUUAAAGGCUUCCUCCAGGAAUUUGAGUAGACUGGCCACCCCACAAAUGUCGGCUAAAGGAACGCCUAGGAUACGUGUCCCGAGCUCGGUCUUAAUUGAAGCUUCCCAAAACUGGAAUGGUUAUCUUGUUGGGAAUUUCUACGGCCUAGCACCAUCGGGGUCGAAGCUCUUCCAAAUCUUGAAUCCGAUUUGGGGCAGACGAUCCAAAAUCCAUGUGCGCAGAAUUAAUAAUUCCUCCUGUUUGUUUCACAUUCCGGAUUUGGCUACACGAGAAUGGGUGCUUGAAGUGGGUCUCUGGAGGGCAGCAGAUGUGAUGUUUGCAGUUGCAGAAUGGUCGACAACAGCCACUUUUCGGAAAACAAUGCUAACGUCGGCUCCGAUAUGGGUCAAUCUCACUAAUAUACCAGCUGAGUUGUACUCAUUAAAAGGCUUAAGUUACAUAGCCUCGGGUUUAGGAGAGCCCUUACACACGAACAAGAUGCGAUUAGACCCGUUAACUGUGGGAGAAGCAAAGGUCAAAGUGGAAGUACAAUUGGAUGCCCCUCUCCCUGAGUCUAUAGAAAUCGAAGAUGAGGAAGGAUCGGUGAUCACAAUCAAUGCGAACUAUCCUUGGACACCGCCGAAGUGCUCGGGAUGUGGUGAAUUCGGGCACAAACUUCAGAGCUGCCAGCUUAAGUCUGUGCAAUCGCAACCACAGGUAACAGUUACUGAGAGGUCUAGGGAAACAACGGAAACUGAGCCAGAGGCAGGGCCACCGUCGUCGGUAGGUCCAAAAAACUUUACGCCACCAGAUACAACUCCAAAUGGCCCGGCUUCAAGUUUGCAGCCCACAGCAUCGGUGGCUUCACCGAUUGCCCAUCCGGUUGACACAGUCUCUGCAUCUCCGAUUGCUCCAUCAGUCAACAUAGAAUCUGCUCCUCAGAUUACCCUGCCAGCGACCACCAUUAUCUCUCCUAGUCCGAUGGUUAUGUCUACAAGAGAGCAGUCCUGUCUCUUGUCGCCCCAACCCCUCCCUACAAGACAGCAAUCUCCUCCACAGGAAAUAGCCCAAUCUAAGUUUCACUUCGAUAAUGAGGACCAGAUUAUUUUGGAGGCACAAAGAGUGUUGCGUUCUAGAGCUACGAGAACCUCUCGGGAUCUUUCCGACUUCACUUUGGUCGGAAAGGCUCGAAAGGGGAAAGGUAAAAUGCAGUGA